CACAGAAAUCUUUCACAGCCCUUGACAGAUCACAACAAAGACACACAGCCAAGGCAACACACUCUCAAGUCUCAACACCACCACCAGCCAGGACAACAGGUACACACAAUCCUCUCACUAAACCCCAUCCACUCCUUCAUCAUCAUCUCCCUCCCUUUCUUCCUCCUCCCCUCCAUUCUCAGCUCACUCCUCCUGCCAUCCAUGGCAAAUGUUUCUCUCCAAACCUUUCUUCUUCCCCAACACCAUUCUUUCCUUGGCACAACCGGCAUCCAUGACAGCUCCCCUUCUGUUGUGCUCAAGCUCGCCACCAACACCAGCGCCAGCAUUUCGUUCAGGAUCUUCUCCAACACCUCCUCCUCAGUAACCACAACCUCAACCCCCAACUCAUCAACUCCAACUCCAGUCACCCCGGCCGCCCGGGCAGACUCGCCGCCUACCCCCUCCCUGGACCUCCUCGGCCGCCAUCUUGCGGCAGGGGAUUACCGCCAGGCCGACGAGACCACCCGUGCGCUCCUCAUCGACCUCGCGGGCGAGUCUGCACGGUGUCGAGGGUACGUCUUCUUUUCAGAGGUCCAGUUCAUCUCCACGGAGGACCUCCGCGCCAUUGACCAUCUCUGGAGGGAGCACAGCAAUGGCAAGUUUGGGUACAGCGUGCAGCGGCGGCUGUGGGAGAAGUCGCGGCGCGACUUCACUCGCUUCUUCAUCAAGGUUGGCUGGAUGAAGAAGUUGGACACUGAAAUAGAGCAGUACAACUACAGGGCCUUCCCUGAUGAGUUCAUAUGGGAGAUGAAGGAUGACACACCAGAGGGUCACCUGCCUCUCACCAAUGCCCUCAGGGGGACACAGCUCUUGGCGAACAUACUCACUCACCCUGCCUUCGAGGAGAGCCAAGAGGAAGCAGCAGAGGAGGAUGUCACAGCUACUACCACUGGUCAGAGUAAAGAUGAGAACAAAGGGAGGGAGAGACCAAAGUUUAUGAGAGAUUUCAAGCCUGACUACUCCUUUUGAGGCUGGCAAAAAGGCAUGGGAGUUCGUGAUGCAGAGAUGCUGUCAUGGUGCAAUUGAUAUAAAAGAUCAUGUAUCUGUAGUUCUCGUUUGGCUUACUUUGUCUUAAACAUGCAUGAAAAAAUGCAUAGUGUAUUAUGAAUAUAUUUGGUUGAGGUGUUUGCUCUGCA